GCCGGCGCAGCUUCUGCGGCCACAGCGCCCAACAAGAAGCCGGCUAUGGAUCAAAAUCCGGCCUUCAAGGCGAUGGGCCUUCCCCGCCUCCGCCUCCCCUCCCGCAACUGGCUCAUCUUCCUCUCCAUCACCGGCAGCAUCGCGGGAGCGAUCACCUACGACCGCUGGCAAACCCGGCGCGUCAAGCAGAAAUGGUGCGACCUCGUGUCGCACCUCGCCGAAGAACCCUUAUCCUCCCACCACAUGCCCCGCCGUCUUACCAUCUACCUCGCCGCUCCGCCCGCGGACGGGUUAAGAAGCGCACGCGAGCAUUUCACGAAUUACAUCAAGCCGAUUCUUGUGGCGGGGGGGAUGGAUUGGGACGUUGUGGAGGGGAGGCGGGAGGGGGAUGUGAGGUUCAAGACUGCGGAGAGGGUGAGACGGAAGAGGAAGAGGGGGGGUGAGGGGGAGGUGUUGUCGGAGGAGGAGAGGGAGAAGGCGUUUGUGGUUGAUAUGUUGAGGGAGAAGGCGGGGACGACGGAGUAUCCGGGUGUGGCGGGGGAUUUGGUUAUAGGGAGGCAUGCGUGGAAGGAGUAUCUGCGGGGGUUACAUGAGGGAUGGUUGGGCCCGCCGGAUGCGCCGCCGAAACUGGAAGAGACGGGCGUGGUUGAUGAGCUGGAUUCGGCGGCGCAUAGACCGGGACAGGCGUCGCUUGGCGAUGCGGCUGUUAAGGGUGCUGUGAAUGUGAUUGAGGCGAAUACUCCUGGCUCAGCGCAAUCGGAGGAUCACCCGUCGGACGUCAGCGAUGCUCAAAAAGAGGAAGAGGAAGAAAAGCCAAAGCCGCGACACCCACCCCCCUACAUCCUACCCUCCGCAUACGCCUCUGCACAGCUCUCCCCUUCCACCCCGGAGACCAUCGGCCCUAGCGCGCCCAUCCGUUUCCCACACAUUCUCGGCAUCCGCAACACGCCCAUCCGCGUUUACCGCUUCCUCAACCGUCGCUACCUCGCCGAUGCCGUCGGCCGAGACGUAGCCGCCGCUGUACUUGCCUCGAGCUAUCGACCAUACACCCACGUCGCGCAGAAGGACGAAGACAGCGCGCCGGGGGUGGAGAGGACGGUGCCGGAGCAGACGCAGGUGCUGGCGCAUGAGGAGAAGGAGUGGUGGAAGACGGUACGAGAGCCUAGGAAAGAGCAUGAGGAGAGUGUGUGGAUUGAGGAGGUGGUGUUGGAUGAGCGGUUGGCGGCGAGGAUGCGCAAAUUCGAGUUGAGUGGGGAGGAUGAGGUGAGAGCGAGGAGGAUUGCG